CGGGUGAAGAGCGAGAGAAAAUCCAGUUCACAUCUGUCAAAUUGGGGAGUGUUUUUACUGCUGACUGCGUUCCCGUGCAAAGUGUUAAGUUUUCUUUUCGGUAGGAAAAUUUGCCUGUUUUCUGCCGUUUUUCCGGAUUUAUUUCAUGUUCCGGAUGUGCGCCAGCUAGAGUUUCGCCCAAUCCGCGCGGGGAUCGAUCGUUUCGGGUGUUUUCGGAUGUGCGAUUAGUGUUCGUGGGGGCAGAAGUCGCUUUCGACGACGUCGGUGGGGGAGCAAGCGAGAGAGGGAGAUAGUGGAACAACACCUACAGAAGAGUUCCGCAAGAGGAUCCGUUUUUUAGGGCGAUUGGUGAUAUUUACGGUGGAGGAAAGUGAAUGCCGCAACCGGACCGGGACAGCGAAGGGAACAAAAUGACGAUGAGCGACGACGGGAAUGGGACGGGGAACUCUGCCGCCGUGACAAAUUCCACCAAUAACAAUUCCCUUUUGACAAGCACAACAAACGGAACCAAUGGAGGAGGAGGAGGAGUUGUAACAGGAACCCCCGGAACCGGUGUCAAUAACAAUGGAAACAAACUGAAUAAUCUCGAUAAACGGCCCAGCGGCAAUAACAACGGAAGUAGCACCAACGGAACUAGCGCAAGCGCCAGCUCCCGGUUCAUCAUUCCGAAGCAACACGAAGUAGAAACUCUCCCGCAGCUGAAGGAUGCUCCGCCGAACGAAAGGGAGGAGCUCUUCAUCCAGAAGCUGCGCCAGUGUUGUGUCCUCUUUGACUUCUCCGAACCGCUGAAUGACCUCAAAUACAAGGAGAUCAAGCGAUGUGCCCUCCAGGAGAUGGUCGAGUACCUGAGCAGCCAGCAGCAGGUUAUUACGGAAGCGAUCUACCCAGAGGCCGUCCAGAUGUUUGCGGUCAAUCUGUUCCGCACCUUGCCGCCGUCGUCCAAUCCGAACGGGGCCGAGUUUGAUCCGGAGGAGGAUGAACCCACCCUGGAAGCCAGCUGGCCACAUCUCCAGAUUGUGUACGACCUGUUCUUGAGGUUUCUAGAAUCGCCGGACUUCCAACCGAGCGUGGCCAAACGGUACAUCGAUCAUGGUUUCAUCCUAAAUCUGUUGGAGCUGUUCGACUCGGAGGACCCACGGGAACGCGACUUUCUCAAGACUGUCCUUCAUCGGGUGUACGGCAAAUUUCUCGGUCUGCGGGCUUUCAUUAGGAAACAGAUCAACAACAUUUUCUACAAGUUCAUCUACGAAACGGAACACCACAAUGGUAUCGCCGAGCUGUUGGAAAUUCUGGGCAGUAUUAUCAAUGGUUUCGCUCUGCCACUCAAGGAGGAGCAUAAGCAAUUUUUGCUCAAAGUGCUGCUGCCGCUGCACAAGGUCAAGAGCCUUUCGGUGUACCAUCCACAGUUGGCCUAUUGCGUUGUGCAAUUUCUGGAGAAGGAUCCCAGUUUGACACAACCCGUAAUCAAGUGUUUGUUGAAGUUCUGGCCCAAGACGCACAGUCCAAAGGAGGUGAUGUUUCUGAACGAACUGGAGGAAAUACUGGACGUCAUUGAACCGGCCGAAUUUCAGAAGGUGAUGGAACCGUUGUUCCGUCAGAUAGCCAAAUGUGUUUCGAGUCCGCAUUUCCAGGUGGCGGAAAGAGCUCUGUAUUACUGGAACAACGAGUACAUCAUGUCACUGAUUUCGGAGAACUCCAAAGUCAUACUCCCGAUCAUGUUUCCGGCGCUGAACAGCAACUCGAAAACGCACUGGAACAAAACGAUUCACGGGCUGAUCUAUAACGCGAUCAAACUGUUCAUGGAGAUGAACCAGAAGCUGUUCGACGAGUGUCACCGGAAGUUCAAGGCCGAGGAGCAGAACGAGCUGGAGAAGUUGAACCGACGGGAAGAGCUCUGGCAGCAGGUGGAAAGUUUGGCCCGGCAGCAUCCGAUCUAUCCGCAGUUCUCCGGCGAUGAGGACGGAUCCUCUUCCGGUGGCGAGCUGGUUCUCGCCGGUGCUACCAACUCCACGGAGAAGGACCUCGGAGGUCGGCCGUACGGAAGUAGCAACAAUUCUAGAUCGACCCCAGCGGUUGUCCAGGUUCAGCAGAAAACAUAAGAAGGCAGUUCCGGGGUUUUUUGCUACCUGCGUCUUUAGACGGGAGUUUUCUGUUUUAGGCAAGUACCUUUUAAAAAAACAUGCGAAUGAGCGAAUGAGGAAAGCUAGCAAACGAAGGAUAUUUUUUCUUUUCGAGGAAGCGUUGCGUAUAUAUGUUUUAACAAAUGGAAGGAAUAAAAAAAAUACUAAUUUAGGUAAUAAUGAAGGAAAGUAUAAGUAUGAACAAUUUAUAAAGUAUAUUUAAAACAACACGCUAAGCGUCACAUCCUAUUUUUCGCUGAUUAUCAGCAAGGUUUGCUGAAAUUUGCAGGGUUGAGAGAGUUUCAGCAAUUUUAACUCGGCAAAAUUCAGCAAAGACUGUUGAUUGCGUUUGGUGUGUAGCCUUCACUGUAAGACUUCAAGCCGAAAAUUAUGUGCGCAAACAUAAAACACAAGAAGAAAGAUAGGAUCUGUAAUUUAAACAAAAGAACAAUAUUUUAUGCUUGAACUGCUGCACAAAGGAGAUACAGACACUCAUUUAGUGUAAGACUAGCAGCAACACAACAACAACAACAACAGAUGGAACUCGGAUUCUUCGUUUUAUUGAUAAAGUUCGCUCACAGUAUAAGCAAGAAUCGCUCUGCAAUGGAUAAAGUCGAAAACAUUUUACUCUUUCCUUUACUUUCUAUACACACACUUAUAGUUUAAUGGCAAAUGCAAAGUAUGUUGUAGUAUAUAGGUUCUUUUGAAUUUUGACGAAGGAAGAAAAGAAACACAUGCUAUUCGAUAAUUAUCAGUCACGGUGCUUCAUUUAUCGGUACUAUUAUGAGAAAAA